UCUUAGUGGAGGAAAAGUUUUAAACCCGAAUUCCAGGACCAAGAAUGGCAUAUUUGGUAGGAAAGAUAAUAGCAGAAAAUGCUUAUGUCCUAUGGAAAUUGAGUAAAGAAAUAUGGCAGAAUCCAGAAUUGAGUUUUGAGGAAACUUUUGCUCAUGAUCUACUAACACAAACUUUGCAAGAAUAUGGAUUUGUUGUUAAGAAGAAUUAUUUUCUACCAACAGCAUUUCGAGCAGAAUUUGACAGUGGUCGAGAUGGGUCUACUGUUGCUGUUGUAUGCGAAUAUGAUGCCCUUCCGGGCAUCGGACAUGCAUGUGGCCAUAACCUUAUAGCUGAGAUUGGUGUGGCAGUUGGGAUUGCUGUCAAAUUUUCUAUGGAAAGAGAUUCAUCAGUAUGUGGAAAGAUCAUAGUGUUAGGUACUCCAGCAGAAGAAGAUGGAAGUGGUAAGAUACGACUGAUUGAGAAAGGUGCAUUCAAGGAUGUGGAUGUUGCUGUCAUGGCUCAUCCUCAAGUCACUAAUAGACUAUAUCCACUUAUUCUUGAUCUUGCAAAAUUGACCGUGAUAUUCCGUGUAAAAGAAUAUACUGAUCCUUGGGAUGGACACACAGCUGUAGAUGCAGCUGUGAGUUGUUACAAUAACAUCUCAAUAAUGAGAAGACGCUUCAAUUCAAAAUGGAGAAUCAAUGGUAUAAUAAGCAGAUGUAAUGCUGAAGAAGCUGAAAUGUUAUUUUGUUACCGAGCCCCAACAAGGAAGGAAAUAUAUAGCUUGAAAAAAAUGCUAGAGAAGUGCAUAGAAGCUGCAGCGUCUAUUUCUGGAUGCUCUUUUAUUUGCAAUUUCCAUGAAGAAGAAGAUAAAAAUGAAUGCAAGGGUAUGAUUCACAACAAGACAGUGGCAGAAGUAUUUGGAAUGCAUGCAAAAUCCUUAGGCGUCUUGUUUCGAGAUUUUGAUCCCAGAUUCACAGAAUCUGCGGUUUCAACAGAUAUGGGCAAUGUUUCCCAUGUUGUUCCCAGUAUUCAACCAGAAUAUUCGAUUGGAGCAGCACCGCACGUCAACCACACCCCUGGCUUUGCAAAGGUUGCGGGAUCCCUGAGUGCCCAGGAACCUACACUUGUUAUAGCCGAAUCUCUGGCUCGAACUGUUGUGGACUUGCUGUCUAACCGGGAUCUCAUGAACAAAGCAAAAUUCGAGUUAGAAUUUUGCAGAGUAAACGAAAAUGUAGUAAGAUCUCCUGGAGAAUGACGUAUUUCAAAGAAUGUUUUGAGAUAUAUACGGUAUUCAUGUUCGUACGAAAAACAUGUUUAUAUUUGUCAAGAUGUGAAAAUAAAUCCAUGCACAUACACAUCAAAUACGUAAGAGUACACUUGCGAGAAACAAAGAAUUAACAACCUGCACAGUACAUGUUUUUAAGAAACAAAUAAAACAACAACCACACACACACACACACAACAAAAAAAAAAAAAAAAAAAAAAAAAAGGGUUAACUAUAAAAUCGGCUUUUCUAAAUUACAUUUCGUCAAUAUAGUCAUUUCAUUGUAAAAUGAUCUAUUUAAAUCAUUAAUGUUGAUCAUCUCUUUAAAUCAUCUCUUUGACGCGCCCACCAACAGCCGAGCGCCAACGUCGCUGAACACUGGUAGGUUGACCUGGGAUUGAAUUCCGGCGAAGGGGCUGACUGCAUGGUAGCUUUUCGUGGUAUUCCCGAUGUGUAUCGUGGCUGUGAGCCAGUUUCCCUUAAAAAGUUCUCCACCAAGGUGUCCUGCUUCAUAUGCAGAUAGCCCUCGAGUUGCUUUGCCUUAAUCAAUUAACCUAAUCUGACAUUUGUUUGACGGUAAUAAGCGUUACUUAAAUAAAGUUCUUUCAAUAAUGCAUUUCAUUGAUUCUGCUGUUCAUUUCACUUUUGAACCUAAGACGUUCAAGUCUCUUCCGUUCCUUGACAUCUUGGUCACAUGCACAUAUGCAGUUUAAGUAGCACUAUUUAUCGUAAACCUUCAUCUGUUUGCCUUCUACCAUGUUUCAAACUCUGUCAUUCGACUAAACAGAAGUUAACUAAUUUUUAUUCCUCGUUUGUCGUGGACUUCAAGCGUGCUCCUCAAAAUCAGUUUAUGAUCAAGAACUAAAUUAUUUAGCAGUUGCUGUCGACAGAGGCAUCUAGCAUUAUACAAGAAGUGGUUAAAAAAUUCUCACCACAACACAUCAAUUCUAUUGUUAUCCCUUUAUUUUCAUCGAUUAGUUAUAAAAUUGCACGCAUUUAACAGAAAGUCAACUUCCGGGUCGUUUUUUAAUUCUGACAAUGAAAUAUUUAAAGACCUUAUUUCGGCUAUCAGCUGCUGGGAUAUAUACAGGAUUCUCUGUCAUUGUGAUUUAAUAUACAUUAGUCAAACUAAGACAGCCUUAAAGUUUCGUGCUAGUGAACAUGAGGCAUAUAGUAUUCGGAAAAGGAAUUAAUGAAUAUGAGGAAUGUAUUAGGUCUUUCUUUUGAGAAAGACGAAUAUUCUCUGUUACAUAACACUAUUGAUCAGAAAAUCACAUUUUCUAUUUUUCUGAAGCCAAAAUUAUUCAAAAAUCAUCUUCCUUUUAAUUAUCUUUUCCAGAGGCGUUUCGCAUUCAUAAAAAUAUUUUAAUUCUACUUAAUCAUCUCAAUCCAAUGCGGCUUUACAGCCAGCUUUUAAGUAGAUUAUUUCGUAGUUGUUUUCGUUUUUUCAUCAAUAGAUGGAGCCAGUAGCGUGGUUUUAUUCCUUUCAUGCUUCAGCUAAUUUUAUCUUAUCACUGGCUUCACUUUCUCAUCAUUUGCACUUCUGCACUGAAGAAGUCGGUCCUAUAUUUAAACCUUUGAAACUAGUCCUGCAAAUUUAUGAAUUCUUGUUUCUGAUCACCAAUUCUUGUUGCUUUAACUCCUCCAAUAGCGUUUUUUGUUAUUAUGUAGAAUUAUUUAAGUUUGUUUUUUCGCUGUGUAAUAUUGUAAUAUUUUAUUUGAAAGUGAAACUAAGAGAGAGUCUAAUGUAAAAAGUAACGAUGAUGACUUACAAUUAAUACUGCAGUUAUCAUCGUAAAUUACUUAUAUUAGAAACUACUACAACAUUAAAUUAUAAAUUGAAUUUUAUUUAGUUAUGAUUUAAAACAAUUUUAGCGUUAUCAACAAAAGAUCUUAAUGGCUAAAAACUCAAAUAAAGAAAAAAAAAAAAAAAAAAAGAAUUAAAUGACAAAGCACAUGGAAAUAGCAAGCUGGACCGGUUUAUUUGGCAAAUAACACCAACCUUAAAUUUUCUUUUUAUUAUUUUACUUGCUGUCGAAGAAGGUAGCACGCUUUGCGUCAAAACUGUUUCAUACUACAACUUAAACGGAAACAAAUGCUGAAAACCCCUUUCGCAGAGGAUAUAUUCACAUUUCUUAUUCUUUUUCUUUUUCUUUCUUCUUCUUCUUUUUUUUUUUUUUUUUUUUUUUUUUUUUAU